AUGACCAGAUCUUAUCUGCGUCUUUUCUGUCUCUUCCUCUCCCUACUGAAUUUUGCCGCUUCUCAGGAUGAUGCGACGAUCAUGCAAUCUCUCAAAUCAAGUCUGACUCUCACAUCAGACGUCAACUGGUCGGACCCUGACCCUUGCAAAUGGAACAACGUCCAGUGCAGCACAAACAACCGCGUCACGAGGAUCCAGCUCAAACAGAAAGGGAUCCGCGGGACUCUCCCUCCUGAUCUCGGUAAACUCACCGAGCUCAUCGUCCUCGAGUUCUUCUCCAACAAAAUAUCUGGUGCAGUUCCCGAUCUCUCCGGUCUAACGCAAUUGCAGAGGCUGAAUCUGCACGACAAUCUCUUCGAUUCAAAUCCGGGGAAUCUCUUCUCGGGGAUGAACUCAUUACAAGAAAUGUACCUGGACAACAACCCCUUCCCUUCUUGGGAGAUUCCAGAGAGCGUUAAGGAAGUGAAGUCUCUUAAGAACCUCUCCCUCAUCAACUGCAAUGUCACGGGUUCGAUUCCUGAUUUCUUCAGUUCCGAGACGCUCCCGAACCUCGUUUCUUUAAAGCUGUCUCAGAACAAUCUCCACGGAGGGUUGCCUGAGAGCUUCAGACGCUCGUCACUACAGCAACUCUAUCUCAACGGACAGAAUCUCAAUGGGUCAAUCUCGGUGUUACAGAGCAUGACUUCUCUCGUCGAGUUUGAUCUGCAAGGCAACGCCUUUUCGGGUCCCAUCCCUGAUCUCUCUGGUUUGCAGUCUCUGAGAUUGUUCAAUGUAAGAGAGAAUCAGCUCACCGGCCUUGUUCCACCGUCCUUCACUGCUCUCAAUUCGCUCACUGUCGUGAAUUUGACUAAUAACUGCUUUCAAGGACCGAUGCCGUUAUUCCAAAACUCAGUCGCUGUUGAUGCAAUAGCCAAUACGAAUAGCUUCUGUCUGGAUACUCCUGGUACUCCAUGUGAUCCACGUGUCCAGACCUUGCUUUCUGUAGCUGAGUCAUUUGGAUAUCCGGUGAAGCUUGCCAAGAGUUGGAAAGGUAAUGAUCCGUGUGGCUGGAUCGGGAUUACUUGUUCCGGAAGUGACGUUACAGUGGUUGACCUAGGGAGGCAGGAGCUCACGGGUUCGAUAUCUCCGAGUUUUGCUAAGCUUACUUCUUUGGAAACUAUUAAUCUUUCUAAUAACCAACUCACCGGGAGUAUUCCGACAGAGCUUACCACUUUGCGUAAGCUUAGAAAACUAGAUGUGUCUAACAACAAUAUCAACGGUGAUGUGCCCAAGUUCACCGAAAGUGUGAAUGUGGUGACUUCUGGUAACGCUAACAUCGGAACGAAGUUUUUCUGCGAGAGACUAAGAAUCGAGUUCAGACUAAGAAUCGAAUUUGAGCUUUACCUUUCUAAUUUACAGCUUUACCUUUCUGAGUCGAGACACACAAAUCCUAACUUGAACUUCAUGUUUCCUCUCACGACAUCUCCUUGUGGUGCCCUUGUUUCCAUUACUCCACCAGGAGCUACUUCACCAGAGCUACUGGAACAUAACUUCAUGCAACUUCAACUUGAGUCUUUGCAUCAUCCGACAUCAGGCUUCGACGCCAUUACCCACCAUAAUCUUAAGUACCCACUUGCUCUUAGUCAAUAUCCUUAUCCCGAUUACUAUAGCUCGUUUGAAGCGACUCGUCAGAUAAGGAUGAUGGAGAAGGAAGCUAAAGAGAAGGUGAAGCUGGAGUGGCAUUUACUGAUUCUAGCCAUGACAGCUGAUGUGAUCCACACAACAUAUGUCUCAAAAUGGAUGGUUCUAUCUCCAAAACCCUUUGAAGAAGAGAAUCUCUAA